GGCAGGCCGCGAGAUGGAGAAAUUAAUUAUUCUGCUGCUCUGGAUACUGUAUGCUAUAAAGAUCUCAAAAAGUUUUUAUUAUAUGCCAGUAAAUAGACAAACAACAAUUUUUAUUGAAUGGGAAGAAUUUCCUAAGGGAGGAUGUCCUGAAUUUUAUUUUUUAAAAUACCAACUUCUUAAUAAUUUUGCCCAAAAAAAUGUCAAAAGCAUUCCAACAGACCCACAAAAACCUCCAAAAUCAAUAAUAACACUAGAAGAAAAUGAAGACUAUCAUAUCAUUAUACAAUCCAUAAAAUAUGGACAAAUUUUAAGUGAGAAGUCAUUUCAAACUCGUGGAAUCUCAACUAGAAAUAUUAAAACAAUAGCAACAAGUACAAGUGUUUCUUUUAACUGGAGUGUGCUAUCUUCCAAUGACAUUUCAGUGUCAAUAUCUCUUAAUAAUUCUUCACAAAUUAUGCAAAAUAAUGUCAAUGUCUAUGAGUGGGAUGAUUUGAAACCUGCCACCUUAUAUGCUUUUACUUUUGAAUUUAAACAGUUACAUUUGGAUUCUAUAAAUAUACUUCAGAGACUGGAUGUUCAAGUUGAAACAGGUUCUUGCUCACAAGGAUGGGUAGCAUUAAAGAGUAGCUGUUACAGAAUUAGCAAAGAGAGUAAGGCAUGGAAUACAGCCCAGCAACAUUGUAAAUUAUCCUUCAAUUCUGCACACCUUGUGGAUAUAAAAAGUGAAGAGGAAAAAAAAUUUUUAUUUUCAUAUUUCAGGUCAAAGAAUCAAAUAAUAAUAUGGACUGGUCUUAACGAUUUGAAGAAAGAAGGUCAUCUCACAUGGACAGAUGGAUCAUCUUUUGACCUUAAGAAAAAUGAGAUCUUUUCUUUUCCACUACUACCCAAGAAUGAAACACAUUGCUACAUUUUACAGCAAAAUGCAACUGGCUCAAACUAUUUUUUUGCAAGAUUUUUCUGUUAUGUUCCAUUGCCAUAUAUUUGCAAAUAUGAAACACCUUUUCUGCAGGAAAACUUUUCAAUUUAUAUAAAGGAUGUUGGAACAACUGAAGUUGUAUUAAGUUGGAAUAAUUCGAAUGGGUGGAAUAAUUUGAAUAAGUGGCUGAAACUAGGAUAUAAAAUUAUCAUUAAAUAUUAUUUAAAUUAUACAGAACAACAUUUUGAGAGCAUGCCUCCAAAUACUACAGAAAAAUCAAUUACCCAACUGUCUCCUGGCCAUGUAUACAAAUUUUUACUCUUUGCAAUAAAUGAAUGGGAGGCGAAAACUACGUUAAGUCCAGUAUUCACUGUUGAAACACGCCCGUUAUCACCUCAAAAUUUCACAGUUACUCAUGUGACCCCAACGGAAAUAUUUUUACGCUGGGAUCCUCCAGAUCUUGUAUCUUUUCACCAUUACCUUGUGACUAUUUUGGAUCUUGAAAACAAUAAAUCAGAAGAGGUAUUUGUUGCAAAACUCAACACAUCAGCAACAAUUAGAGAUCUUAAAUCUUUCCAUCAUUAUCUGAUAUAUCUAUUCAGUGUAGCAGAAAGAGGAACUCUAAGCCGCUUUGAGAAACCUAUUUCAGUCAUUACAGGUAUCAAUCCACCUCAGAAAGUUUAUGUUACACCUGAGGAUGUGGGAGAGGACAGUAUAGUGCUUCAAUGGGAAUCCCCACCAGAUGGCCACGAGGUCUACAUUCAAAUCAAAUCCAUACCAGAUACAAAACAAGUCAUGAAUCUUUUUGUAAAGGAUGCUAAUAGAUUCAAGAUUGAUAAUUUAACCCCCGGAAUGACAUAUGACAUUGGAAUGGCAAUGGUGAUUAACGGGAACUUGAGUGAACUGGUAACUAUUCAACAGACUUCAAAGCCCAAACCAGUCCAAAUUGUUAUCCCUUAUGAAAGUCAUAGUACCUCUGUAAUCUUAUUUGUUCAAACUCCUGAUAUUGGAGUGUUUGAUGGCAUACAUGUUGUAACUGAAGGAGGGCCAAAUGUAACCAUGCCUUUAAGACAUGACAGUAAAAUAACUGUUGACAACUUAACCCCAGGCACAGAAUAUAAUUUCUUUGUUUCCAUCAUCAGUGGGACUAAAUUAAGUAAUAUGUAUUAUGUGCCUGCAGUAAAAACAUGUUUGGAAGCACCAUCAAAUAUCCAUGAGGGCAAAGUUACAGACUCCUCCAUAGAAAUUCUCUGGAAUCCAGCUGAUGGAAAUUUUCAGCAUUAUGAAAUCACAUGCAUAAACUGUGCCACUGCUUUCAUGGUCCAGAAGGUAGUGCAAGAAGCAGCAACAUUUUCUAACCUGGAUCCUGCCACAGUGUACACUUUUUCAAUUCGCACUGAAAAAGAAGGUUUUAAAGACAGUACACCUAACAUAAAAGAAAUACAGACAGCCCCAAGUGCAAUUGAAUUUAUGAACCAUAGUAGAAACUCAAAUGCAAUAACUGUUAGCUGGCCUUCACCUAGAAGUCUUCUGGAUGGAUACAUUAUUUCAAUAUCCAGUGAAAACUUCAUGAAAGAAGAAAUCCUGCCUUCCACAGAAAGGACAUUCGCAUUUGAUAGACUUUCUCCAGGAACUGACUUUUUAAUCAGUGUUAUAACUAUCAAGGGACUAAAGAGAGGUCAUCCUACUGUCCUCACGGUUAGCACUUACCCAGACCCACCAUCAGAUUUGCUGAUUUUGGGGCAGGAAGAAAACACAAUAUAUUUGUCUUGGAAAUUCCCACAAGGAGGUUUUGAAAAGUUUCAGAUAUCUUAUUAUAUGACAUCUCAAAAGGUAAAGCUAUUCAAAGUAAUUGUUUAUGGCAACAAAGCGAAAGUAAAGAAUUUGACUCCGGGUGUGGACUACGUGUUUCAUGUGAAGACAGUUAGAAGCAAAGAUUGCAGUGUAUCUGUAAUGAAAAAAGUGACUACAAAACCCUCUAGUAUAUGUGGCUUAACAUUAAAAGCCGUGAAUACUUCUUCUGUGAAUUUAAUGUGGAAUCCAACAGAGACCAACUUCACUCAUUACAAGAUUUAUAUAUCAAACAGAACAUUUGCAAAAGAAUAUCUUAUUUGGGGAAUGAUGACUGAGUACACACUUACAGAUCUGACUCCUGGUGGAAUAUAUAACAUCACAGUAAACAGAGUAAGAGGCAAUGUUGAAGGAUCUGGAACAUUUAUCACAGUUAUUGCAGACACCGAUCGUGGGAUCAUAUUUCUGUUUUCACUCAGCCCUUCAAAAUGUAGUUUAGAACCGGAAAAACCCGAGAAACUUAGAGUCUUCAAUAUUUCCGCACAUUCCUUCUCUCUGCACUGGAGCCUGCCCUCUGGACAUGUGGAAGGGUUUCAUGUGGGUCUGGUUCCUGACAGUGGCUUUGUUACUAUCAAAGAUCUUGGAGGUGGAGAGUAUCAGGUUGAUGUCUCCAAUGCUAUUCCUGGUACGAGGUACAACGUAACCAUCUCUUCCUUUUCUGCGACAACAUAUAGCUCACCUGUUAGUAGAACAGUGACAACAAAUGUAACCAAACCAGGGCCUCCAGUCUUCCUAGCUGGAGAAAGAGUUGGAUCGGCUGGGAUUCUUCUGUCUUGGAAUACACCACCUAAUCCAAAUGGAAGGAUUAUCUCUUACAUUGUGAAAUAUAAGGAAGUUUGUCCAUGGAUGCAAGCAGUAUAUACACAAGUUAGAGCAAAGCCAGAUAGUCUGGAAGUUCUUCUUACUAAUCUUAAUCCUGGAACAACGUAUGAAAUCAAGGUUGCUGCUGAAAACAGUGCUGGCAUUGGAGUGUUUAGUGACCCAUUUCUCUUCCAAACUGCAGAAAGUGCUCCAGGAAAAGUGGUGAAUCUCACAGUCGAGGCCUUUAACUAUUCAGCAGUAAACCUGAUAUGGUAUUUACCUAGGCAACCAAAUGGCAAAAUUACCGGUUUCAAGAUUAGCGUCAAACAUGCCAGAAGUGGGACAAUAGUGAAAGAUGUCUCAAUAAGAGUAGAGGACAUUUUGAUGGGGAAAUUGCCAGAAUGUAAUGAGAAUAAUGAAUCUUUUUUAUGGAGUACAACCAGCCCUUCUCCAACCCUUAGUAGAGUUACACCUCCAUCACGUACCACAUACUCAUCGAGCACAUUGUUACGCAGUAAGAUAAGCUCUGUGUGGAAAGAGCCUAUCAGUUUUGUAGUGACACAUUUGAGACCUUAUACGACAUAUCUAUUUGAAGUUUCUGCUGUUACAACUGAAGCAGGUUAUAUUGAUAGUACAAUUGUCAGAACACCAGAAUCAGUGCCUGAAGGACCACCACAAAACUGUAUAACAGGCAACAUUACAGGAAAGUCCUUUUCAAUUUCAUGUGACCCACCAACUAUGCUAACAGGGAAAUUUAGUUAUAGAGUCGAAUUAUAUGGACCAUCAGGACGGAUUUUGGAUAACAGCACAAAAGACCUUAAGUUUGCAUUCGCUAACCUAACACCAUUUACAAUGUAUGAUGUGUAUAUUGCGGCUGAAACCAGUGCAGGGAUUGGACCCAAAACAAAUAUUUCAAUAUUCACUCCUCCGGAAGCUCCAGGUGCAAUAUUCGAUUUACAGCUUGCAGAAGUAGAAGCCACACAAAUAAGAAUUACGUGGAAGAAACCACAACAACCAAAUGGAAUCAUUAACCAAUACCGAGUAAAAGUGCUAGUUUCAGAGACAGGAGUAAUUUUGGAAAACACUUUGCUCACAGGAAAAGAUGAGUUUAUAAGUGACUCCAGAGCUCCAGAAACUGUGAACGUAGUCAGGCAGGUUGAGGGUGCAGCAGAGAUAUCGUCUGACCUGUACUCAAUUGCUUCAGUUAUGUAUAACAGUUAUCCACAUAACAAUUUUCCUGCAAGGAACAGAGCUGAAGACCAGCAUUCAACAGUUGGAACUACAUGGAACCAGUAUAUCACUGACGUUGCUGCUGAACAGCUGUCUUAUGUUAUCAGGAGACUUGUACCUUUCACUGAGCACAUGAUUAGUGUAUCUGCUUUCACCAUCAUGGGAGAAGGACCACCAACGGUUCUCAAUGUUAGGACACUUGAGCAAGUGCCAAGCUCCAUUCAAAUUAUAAAUUAUAAAAAUAUUAGUUCUUCAUCUAUUUUGUUAUAUUGGGAUCCUCCAGAAUAUCCCAAUGGAAAAAUAACUCAUUAUACAAUUUAUGUAAUGGAACUGGAUACAAACAGAGCAUUCCAGAUGACUACUAUAGAUAACAGCUUUCUCAUAACAGGAUUAAAGAAAUAUACAAAAUAUAAAAUGAGAGUGGCUGCCUCAACCCAUGUUGGAGAAAGUUUUUUGUCUGAAGAAAAUGACAUCUUUGUGAGAACUCCAGAAGAUGAACCAGAAUCAUCACCUCAAGAUGUCGAAGUUAUUAAUGUGACAGCAAAUGAAAUAAGUUUGAAGUGGUUACCGCCUGAAAAAUCUAAUGGGAUUAUUGUUGUUUAUGAAGUUCUCUAUAAAAGUAUAGAUGCCUUAUUUAUGAAGAACACCUCAACAACAAGCAUAAUUUUGAGAGACUUAAAACCUUACACCCUCUAUAACGUUUCUGUAAGAUCAUAUACCAGAUUGGGUCAUGGCAAUCAGCUAUCUUCUCUACUCUCUGUAAGGACUUCUGAGACUGUGCCUGAUAGUGCACCAGAAAAUAUUACUUACAAAAACAUUUCCUCUGGAGAGAUUGAACUAUCAUUCCUUCCUCCAAGUAGUCCCAAUGGUAUCAUACAAAAAUAUACAAUUUAUCUCAAGAGAAGUAAUGGAAAUGAAGAAAGAACUAUAGAUACAACCUCUUUGACUCAGAAUAUUAAAGGACUGAAUAAAUACACCCAAUAUAUGAUUGAGGUGUCUGCUAGUACACUCAAAGGUGAAGGAGUUCGGAGUGCACCUAUAAAUGUACUGACUGAAGAAGAUGCUCCUGAUUCUCCCCCCCAACACUUCUUUGUAAAACAGUUGUCUGGUGUCACAGUGAAGUUGUCAUGGCAACCACCCCUGGAGCCAAAUGGAAUUAUCCUCUAUUACACAGUUUAUGUCUGGGAUAGAUCAUCAUUAAAAAUUAUUAAUGUAACUGAAACAUCAUUAGAGUUUUCAGAUUUGGACUAUAAUGUUGACUAUAGUGCAUAUGUAACAGCUAGCACCAGAUUUGGUGAUGGGAAAACAAGAAGCAAUAUCGUUAACUUUCGAACACCUGAGGGAGCACCAAGCGAUCCUCCCAAAGAUGUUCAUUAUGCAAAUCUCAGUUCUUCAUCAAUAAUUCUUUUUUGGACACCUCCUUCAAAACCUAAUGGGAUUAUACAAUAUUAUUCUGUUUAUUACAGAAAUACUUCAGGUACUUUCACACAGAAUUUUACACUCCUUGAAGUAACCAAUGACUUUGACAAUAUGACCGUAUCUGCAAUAAUAGAUAAAUUGGCAAUAUUCAGCUACUAUACAUUUUGGGUAACAGCAAGUACUUCAGUUGGAAAUGGGAAUAAAAGCAGUGACGUAGUUCAAGUAUACACAGAUCAAGACAUACCUGAAGGGCUUGUUGGAAACCUGACUUAUGAGUCCAUUUCAUCAACUGCAAUAAAUGUAAGCUGGGGCCUACCAUCUCAUCCAAAUGGUCUAGUCUUCUACUAUGUUUCUCUGAGCUUACAGCAGACUCCUCGCCAUGUAAGACCACCUCUCAUUACAUAUGAGACAAGCAUGUAUUUUGAUAAUCUGGAAAAAUACACUGACUAUAUAUUAAAAAUCACUCCAUCAACAGAAAAGGGAUUCUCUGAUAUCUAUACUGCCCAGCUACACAUCAAAACUGAGGAAGAUGUCCCAGAAACUUCACCAAUAAUCAACACUUUUAAAAACCUUUCCUCUACCUCAGUUCUCUUAUCAUGGGAUCCCCCAGUAAAACCAAAUGGUGCAAUAAUAAGUUAUGAUUUAACUUUACAAGGACCAAAUGAAAAUUAUUCUUUUAUUACUUCUGAUCAUUAUGUAAUAUUGGAAGAGCUUUCACCAUUUACAUUAUAUAGUUUUUUUGCUGCUGCAAGAACCAUAAAAGGACUCGGUCCUUCCAGUAUUCUUUUCUUUUACACAGAUGAGUCAGUGCCUUUAGCACCUCCUCAAAAUUUGACUUUAAUCAACUGCACUUCAGACUCUGUAUGGCUGAAAUGGAGCCCGAGUCCUGUUCCAGGCGGUAUUGUUAAAGUAUAUAGUUUUAAAAUUCAUGAACAUGACACUGAUACUGUAUUUUAUAAGAAUAUUUCAGGUUUUCAAACUGAAGCUAAACUUACUGGACUGGAACCAGUCAGCACCUAUUCUGUCAGCAUAUCUGCCUUUACCAAAGUUGGAAAUGGCAAUCAAUUUAGUAAUAUACUGAAAUUCACAACCCAAGAAUCAGUUCCAGAUGUUGUACAGAACAUACAAUGUAUGGCAACUAGCUGGCAGUCAGCUUUAGUGAGGUGGGAUCCACCCAAAAAGGCAAAUGGAAUAAUUACACAUUAUAUGAUAACAGUUGAAAGGAAUUCUACAAAAGUCUCUCCCCAAGAUCACAUGCAUACUUUCAUGAAACUUCUUGCCAAUACCUCAUAUGUCUUUAAAAUAAGAGCUUCAACCUCAGCUGGUGAAGGUGAUGAAAGAACAUGCAACAUCAGCACGCUACCUGAAACAGUUCCCAGUGUUCCCACAAAUAUUACUUUUUCUAAUGUUCAGUCAACUAGUGCAACAUUGACGUGGGUGAGGCCUGACACUAUCUUUGGCUACUUCCAAAAUUACAAGAUUACCAUUCAACUUCGGGCUCAAAAAUGCAGAGAAUGGGAAUCUGAAGAAUGUGUUGAAUAUCAAAAAAUUCAAUAUCUCUAUGAAGCUGACCUAACUGAAGACACAGUAUAUGGAUUAAAAAAAUUUAGAUGGUAUAGAUUCCAAGUGGCUGCCAGCACCAAUGCAGGCUAUGGCGAUGCUUCAAGUUGGAUAUCUACACAAACCCUGCCUGGCUCUCCAGAUGGUCCUCCCGAAAAUGUGUAUGUAGUGGCAACAUCACCUUUUAGCAUCAACAUCAGCUGGAGUGAACCUGCUACCCUUACUGGACCAACAUUCUAUCUGAUAGACAUCAAAUCAGUAGAUAGUGAUGAAUUUAAUAUUUCCUUAAUCAAGUCAAAUGAAGAAAACAAAACCAUAGAAAUUAAAGAUUUAAAAAUCUUCACAAGGUAUUCUGUGGUGAUCACUGCAUUUACUGGAAACAUUAGUGCUGCAUAUGUGGAAGGAAAGUCGAGUGCUGAAGUGAUUGUUACUACUUUAGAAUCAGUCCCUAAGGAUCCACCUAACAACAUGACAUUUCAGAAGAUACCAGAUGAAGUUACAAAGUUUCAGUUAACAUUCCUUCCUCCUUCUCAACCCAAUGGAAAUAUACAAGUAUAUCAAGCUUUGGUUUAUCAAGAAGAUGAUCCUACUGCUGUCCAGAUUCACAACCUCAGUAUUAUCCAGAAAACUGACACAGCCGUCAUUGCAAUGUUAGAAGGACUAAAAGGUGGACACACAUAUAAUAUCAGUGUUUAUGCAAUCAAUAGUGCUGGUGCAGGGCCAAAGGUUCAGAUGAGAAUAACCAUGGAUAUUAAAGCUCCAGCACGACCAAAAACCAAACCAACCCCUAUUUAUGACGCCACAGGAAGAUUGCUUGUGACUUCAACAACAAUUACAAUAAGAAUGCCAAUAUGUUACUACAAUGAUAAUCAUGGACCAAUUAAAAAUGUACAAGUGCUUGUAGCAGAAGCUGGAGCGCAGCAUGAUGGAAAUGUAACAAAGUGGUAUGAUGCAUAUUUUAAUAAACCAAGGCCAUAUUUUACAAAUGAAGGCUUUCCUAACCCUCCAUGUAUGGAAGGAAAGACAAAGUUCAGUGGAAAUGAAGAAAUCUAUAUCAUAGGUGCUGAUCAUGCAUGUAUGAUUCCUGGCAAUGAAGACAAAAUUUGCAAUGGACCUCUGAAACCAAAAAAGCAAUAUUUAUUUAAAUUUAGAGCCACAAAUGUCAUGGGACAAUUUACUGACUCUGAUUAUUCUGACCCUAUUAAGACUUUAGGUGAAGGACUUUCAGAAAGAACUGUAGAGAUUAUUCUUUCAGUCACUUUGUGCAUCCUUUCCAUCAUUCUUCUUGGAACAGCAAUUUUUGCAUUUGCAAGAAUUCGGCAGAAGCAGAAAGAAGGUGGCACAUACUCUCCUCGGGAUGCAGAAAUUAUUGACACUAAAUUCAAACUGGAUCAGCUCAUUACAGUGGCAGACCUGGAACUGAAGGACGAGAGAUUAACGCGGUUACUUAGUUAUAGAAAAUCCAUCAAGCCGAUAAGCAAGAAAUCUUUCCUGCAACAUGUUGAAGAGCUUUGCACAAACAACAACCUAAAGUUUCAAGAAGAAUUUUCGGAAUUACCAAAAUUUCUUCAGGAUCUUUCUUCAACUGAUGCCGACCUGCCUUGGAACAGAGCAAAAAACCGUUUUCCAAACAUAAAACCAUAUAAUAAUAACAGAGUGAAGCUGAUAGCUGAUGCUAGUAUUCCAGGAUCAGAUUAUAUUAAUGCCAGCUAUGUUUCUGGCUACUUAUGUCCAAAUGAAUUUAUUGCUACUCAAGGUCCAUUACCAGGAACAGUUGGGGAUUUUUGGAGAAUGGUUUGGGAAACCAGAGCAAAAACAUUAGUAAUGCUAACACAGUGUUUUGAAAAAGGGCGGAUCAGAUGCCAUCAGUAUUGGCCAGAGGACAACAAACCAGUUACCGUCUUUGGAGAUAUAGUGAUUACAAAGCUAAUGGAAGAUGUUCAAAUAGAUUGGACCAUCAGGGAUCUGAAAAUUGAAAGGCAUGGGGAUUGCAUGACUGUUCGUCAGUGUAACUUCACUGCUUGGCCUGAGCAUGGGGUACCUGAAAGCAGUGCCCCUCUAGUUCACUUUGUGAAAUUGGUUCGUGCAAGCAGAGCACAUGACACCACACCUAUGAUCAUUCACUGCAGUGCUGGAGUUGGAAGAACUGGAGUAUUUAUUGCUCUGGACCACUUAACACAACAUAUAAAUGAUCAUGAUUUUGUGGAUAUAUAUGGACUAGUAGCUGAACUGAGAAGUGAAAGAAUGUGCAUGGUACAGAACCUGGCACAGUACAUCUUUUUACACCAGUGCAUUCUGGAUCUCUUAUCAAGUAAAGGAAGCAAUCAGCCCAUCUGUUUUGUUAACUAUGCAGCACUUCAGAAGAUGGACUCCUUGGAUGCCAUGGAAGGUGAUGUUGAGCUUGAAUGGGAAGAAACCACCAUGUAAAUAUUCAGACCAAAGAUUACGACUGGAAGACAUUAUCAAAUCCCAGGGGCCAAAAUUACCCCCUCAUUCUUCUGAACUGAAUGUACAAAUUUAAAGAAAUCUCUAUGCUUCCCUUACUAUACCUUACUAAAUGUAUUGACAUUUUAUGAAUAGUUCCAAUAAGUAGUUAAUUCAGGAUAGUUAUUUGUUUUGUACACAAUAAAUAUGCAUUUAAAAUAUGUAAGAAAAGAUAUCCCACAGAUUUUUGAGGUCUUCCAUAUUUGGGGAAUGAGCCAAAUAUAAAACUAUUAUUAUAUUAGCAUUAAUGUUUCAAUGUGAAUUUUCCCUAUGUACUGGAUUCAAUCUUGAACAAAAGUGGUAAAUGUUGAUUCAGUAGUGUUAUUUUGGCCUCCAGGGUGUUGAUGUUUCUUGUGGAUAACUUCCAGGACUGUCAUGAUCUGUACUUCUAUGCACGCCCCUGUGUUUUGAAUCCUCUGUUUUAUGAGUGCUGAGAUAUCAUCUCAUGAUCUCGAACAGCUGAACAGUAACCCCUGACACUGCAGGCAUUACUUAGCCUUUAUACAACACACAGUAGCUCUUCAGGGACACUUAGGGCUAUUUAAAUUGCAUUGUGAUCUUUAGUUUGAAAAAACAAAAAGAAACAUUAAACAGUGCAAUUGCUCAUAUGAAGCUAUUGAGUACUUUUCUAGCCUGUCUACAUUUGUAUAUUUUCAGGCACAAGCUGUACCACUAUAUUGUAUAGUUAAAUACACAGUUAGAUGUAUCGCAGUAUUUGUCAGAUAGAAAUAUAUCCAACCUAAUAUUAACAAUUUUGAAGGGUUUAUUCAGCAGAAAUGUAUAAAAAACAAUAAUUAAAACGUGUAAUGUGUUGCAAGCUUGUAAACUAAUGAUAUGCUGCUGUGGUGCCAACAGAGACUUUUUGAAUAGAUUACAAAAAAUGGUCUUUAUUUUAUUUCCCAACGUUGAUUAUUGAAGAGUGUAUUUGGUGGUACUGAAAACAAAGAAAUUAACCAAGUUACAGCAAAUUAGAGAUUUUUUAAAGAAAAUAUUUCCACCUCCAUUUUUGUUAGUGACAACAUACUAAGUUUUGAACUAUGUGGUAUUAUUUUGUCACUGAUUUCAAUUACGAGUCAUAAUAUAAAAUACUAUUAAUUAUUCUAUUUCUUCUAUGAUAAAAAUUGUAUCUUAUUCAUAUUUCUCUCAGAAUAUAAAUAUAGAAAAUGUGACGGCCAAUAAAAUUGAAUUUUAAGUAAUCGAGUUACUUUGCAACAUG